UGCGCACAAUUGUGUUGGUAUUAAGAACGGCUACGUAAAUUAAUUUUUAUAUAGAGUAAUUUACGUAGUCGAGAAGCAUUUAAAUAGAAAUUGAUUUCCUUCGUCCAAGGUCCUAUUAUGAUAAAAAUAAAAUAACGACUUUGUAUGUUUUGAUUGCAAGAAGAUUCAGGGAUUUAUUUUAAGGGGUUAGGAUACUGUGAAAGAUAAAGAAAAGUAGGUUUCCCUAUAGAAAUUAGUAAUAUCAAAACAAAGUUAACUCUCAAAUUUUAAAGCAAUUGGAUAAACAGAACUGGAGAAAUCUUUCACUUCCAGUUCUGUUCGAAGAUUUGAUUGCUUUCAAAGUUUGACCUUUCUGUAUUUCAUUUUCGAGGAUUUAAAUCAGCGUUCAAGCAAAGAUAAAAAUUAUCGUAAAAAAUUCAACAGUAUCCUAACUCUUUAACCUUUGCCACUGUGAAUGCCAUUUUAAUGUGUGUCUUGUUUUAAAAUGCAAUAAAAAUCACCACCAAACAUUUAAAAUAUCAUGUGUUAAUGUAAAAGGGUUAUUAUCAACCGAAAAUACCUUACAUACAAGAAGGCUAUCGAUAUUUUAACGCUGAUAAGAAGCUUUUAUACAAGAACGAGAAAUCAGGUUUGAAACUGCACUAUCAACAAGAAAAAGAAAAAACGGAAAAUGGUUGUGCGUCACAGUGUGCAAGGAUACGAAAACUUUUUCGUAUUUAUGGAAAAAUUCAAACCUUCUGAACAGGUUUAUGUGCUUUAUAGUGGUACGAAACUUCCUGAUGGGAAAAGUUGGUGUUCCGACUGCGUUGAAGCGGCACCUUUCAUAGAAGAAGGAUUCAAAACAGCUUUAGAGACUAUACAUUUAGUUACUGUAGAAGUUGGAGAUCGAACAUUCUGGAAAGACAUGAAUUGUCCAUUCCGAACAAAUUCUACUACGAAAUUAAAAGUAUUACCAACACUAGAAAGAUGGGGCACGCAAAAACGUCUAGAGGGUGACCAGUGUUUGGAAGCAGACCUUAUUGAAAUGUUGCUUACUGAUACAGAUGACUAAACAAUACUACAGCCUUGCUGCAUUAAUGAAGUUCAAGGAAAGCAUUCAUGUAAGUUCCCAAAGAUAGAUACCACAUCUAAAGUUGAAAA